AUGAACACAACCCCCACGAGCACCGUACCCGGCUAUGGGCCUUCGGAGUCCGGGUCCAGUUCUCAGUUUCAGUUUGAAUAUGAUUCUCCCCGAGUUUCUUUUCCUUCUCCCUCGACAGGGCAAUCUGCGACAGGCAAGAGCCGUCUUGCAGGUGGUCGCCAGAUAACUCGGAACCGCGCCAGCUACAGCUGUCACAUAUGUCGCAGGCGCAAGGUGAAAUGCGACAAGGUAUGUGCCGGUGUCAUUCUGGGAGCAAAGGUUCAUCCAGUAUGCGGAAAUUGCGUGAAGAAUGGAACCGAGUGCGUCUACGAUGCGGCACUGCAGAAAAACGCUGCAUCGCGCAGCAGCCGAGACAAAAGCGUGCGCGGUGUGAAGCGAAGAAGGGAAAAAUCUCAACCGUGGGAUCAAGAUCUUGACCCCCUGCAGAUGAUUGAUGGCCAGCUGAAGCAGGCGGAGAACCCCGAGGGCCAAAGAAUAGGAUCGCAGGCGAUCGAGGCCCGACUGGACAAGUUGACUUCGAUGAUAGAGCGGCUGAGCAAGACGGAUCAGCCCCGCGAUCAGAGGGAGACGCAGUUGUGGGAACAAAGAGCCAGAGUGGAAGCUGUGAAUCGCGAACUGCGACCAGACAAAGGGGCAAUACCGAGGCCGUCUGCCGAUUCAAGCUCGGACAGUCCGCGUCGUGCGGUCGAAUCGAGUAGCGAUGAGUUUCCCAUACCUGCUGGAUGUGCGACUGACCUGGUGGAUCCGGUUGGGAGCUUGAAUCUCGGUCAUCUCAGCUUGGAAAAUGGUGGUAGAUCAAGAUACGUGGGAACCACUUAUUGGGCUUAUAUUUCACACGAGAUCAAUGAGCUCAAUCAAUUGCUUCGAGACCAGAACCGUUCGCCGAAUGAAGUCCCACGCAAUGAUAGAUGCCCGGAUGGGAUCGUGAAAACCCCUAGUGUUCAAUGGAAAGACCCUUUGUCAACUGGUAGCCCAAGGGAUGCCACCGAAGAUAGAUCUUCUCGUUUGGAGACAUUCCAGAAGUCUAUCUGGUUCCCUUCGAGCGAGUCGCCGUCCGCCAAAGAUAAGGUAGUUGAGCCCGAGAUGCUCGACAACAUGCCUACCAAACGCCAAAGCCACAUUCUCUACAAGGGAUUCAUGUCCGGCGUCCAUGCCAUCAGUCCUGUCGUCCACCCACCUACCAUACACAAACUGUACAAUGCCUUUUGGGAAUGGUAUGAUUAUAGGAAUGAUUCCGGAGAGCCUUGUCCGGAUCCCUCUUUCAUUCCGUUACUGUACGCUAUCUGGUAUGGUGGCUCGGUCACGGUCUCUAUACGCACAAUCAAAGCCGAGUUCAAUGUGUCAUCACGAUCUACACUUCUAAAGACCUACAAUGAUGAGGUAACACGUUGGCUAGACAGGAUAUCCUUCCCUCGAAGUCCUUCAUUACAAGGCCUCGCUGCAUAUUUACUCCUACACACGAUCCUCUCGAGGGAGGAGGAGCCUCUGACAAGUAGUUUAUUUACCAGUGUAUCUAUGAGGGUUGCACAGACAAUGGGCCUGCAUCGUGAUCCUGCUAAAUUUGGAAUUGAGCCUUGCGAAGCAGAGUAUCGCCGCCGGAUCUGGUGGCAUAUUGUCCAUAUGGACGGUGUCGUCGCCAUGUCUAGUGGGCUUCCUCCCUUGGUCAGCGAUGAGAAAUACUGGGAUGUCCAGGAGACCAGCGAAGUCAAGGAUACGCUCCUGGGUACUCCUGAGGCGGAGCAAUAUCACAGGCUGGUCACGGCUGGUCUGCGUCCGCGAGAUAACCCCGAUGACCCGACGAUAUGCGGUGGGCCAUCAAUGGUAAAUGUAUACUACUUGUCUGCCAGAGGCAAAUACGUUAUGGUUCGCGCCGUUCGUCGCAUAUUGAAGAUCCAGUUAGGGACACAACCCGUGACACGAAUGGACAUGGAAGAACUGCGGUCCAUUCUUGUCGAUCUGCAGCUCAAUCUCAACUCAAUUGUAAAUAGAAUCCCCGAGGCGAAGAACAAAGAGAUCUACUCGGUCGCUUCGAAUAGGUCACGAUCCCUCUCGUCUCGAUCUUCUGUUGAAGUGGGAUCUAGCGAGACUGAACUGCCUGGGGAAGGGCCUGACAGUUGUCCAGAGCAAUAUCAUUCCCCUGUACUUGUGUCCUUCCACAAGUGGGCAAGGAUUCUUCUUUCGCUGUUUAUAGACAAGGCAUUCUGUGUCGCAUAUCAACCUUUUCUGAAGAAUGCCAAAAGCCGAAUUUGGCCUACUGCCAGACAAAGCGCGCUGCGCCAUUGCCAUGGCUUCAUGGAGAAGUUCAUAUCUCUGACCACGGAUCCUGAUUUUCAACCCUUCCAAUGGAGCUGGCCAGGCAACCACCAGCCAAUGCACGCAACCAUGAUCAUGCUCAUUGAUCUGUAUGAGCGGCCCUACAGCUCCGAGGCCUCCAAAUCACGGGCCUUCAUCGACAAGGUUUUCUCACUUUCCGGCCCGGACGGAGGCGUCGUAGGCGGCGAAGACGGGGUAACGACCCAACGACCUCUGAAAGACGGAGGCCGCGAAGCAUGGGAUAUGAUUCGGAGACUCCGUCAACAGGCAUGGCAGAAAGCAGGCCUCGAUCCUCAGAAACUAUGGACCGAGCAGGCUCAGAUCCAGGCCGGCGUUCCCUCCACACCAACGGAAUAUUCCUCAGCCAGCUCGACCCAAGCGCCGGCUAUCACACCCCUCAACUCACGAAAGCAAUUAUCAGACUUCUCAAAGAUGUUCUACAACAUGACACGUUCCCACGUUCUGUCUCCUGCGACGCGACCUAGCUCGCUGCGGUAUCAACUACCGCCGCCCGUUCGCACCAUUCCAUCCACCACCUCCCAGAUAAACCCCCUCCCUCGAUUCCCUGUCUCCUCAACGACACCAAACCCCCCAGUCAUACCUCCCCUGACCACCCCGGAAAUCCUUGCACCGCCUAACCCAUUUGCCCAGCCUGCCAUCCCGCCUCCCUCCUCCCUGCCUUACAUGGAUACAACCUUCCCCAUCACCGGGGCCGUGGCAGCCCCCACACCCCCAUCUAUGGUCGAUCCCAACGUGAACUUUGAUUGGGACCAGUGGGACGCCGUCUUCGGCCAACACCUGCCUGUCGCGGAUGAGUUGAUGGAGCUGGACCCCGUGGCUGGGUUCGAGUUCGGGGAUCUGCCUGAUGCCGCGGAUGUUGGGGGCGAUGCUGCGGGCAUGGGCGGGGGUGACACGGGGAUGAUGGGUGCUAAAGACCCGGAGUGGUUUUCGUAUUGUUGA